AUUCUCUGUCGGCUGUGCACAGUCCACCAGCAGAUCAGAAAAAAAACAGCAGGCAACGACUUUGAACAUGCAGACGGAGGAUUCAGCUACUUCACUCCCUUUACCUGGUCACGAAUUGCAAUCAAUCAACAAGAAAAUGGAGAUGAUGUUCUAUAACAGCUAUGAGGAGAAGAUACGUCCUUGCAUUGAUCUUAUUGACUCGCUGAGAAGAUUGGGUGUGGAUAAGGAUCUGGCUCUUCCAGCCAUCGCUGUGAUUGGAGACCAGAGCUCUGGGAAGAGCUCAGUGCUGGAGGCGCUGUCUGGGGUGUCACUACCCAGAGGGAGUGGUAUUGUUACCAGAUGUCCUCUUGAAUUGAAGCUGAAGAAAGCCAAAGAGGACAAUGUGUGGAAGGGCAAACUGACUAAUGAAUAUUUUCAAGUGGAACUGACAGACCCAUCAGAAGUAGAGAAACAAAUCCAGACAGCCCAGAACAUCAUGGCAGGUGAAGGAUUGGGAAUCAGUCAAGAAUUAAUCAGUCUGCAGAUUGAAUCUAGCAACGUUCCUGACCUGACGCUGAUAGAUCUACCAGGAAUUGCCAGAGUAGCCAUCGGGAACCAACCAGCAGAUAUUGGUGAUCAGAUUAAGAGACUCAUUAAGUCAUUUAUUAGACGACAAGAAACGAUUAACCUGGUGGUUGUGCCAUGCAACGUUGAUAUAGCAACCACAGAAGCUCUGAAAAUGGCAAAGGAAGUGGACCCUUCUGGAGAGAGGACUCUGGGUAUUUUAACCAAACCUGACCUGGUUGACAAGGGAACAGAAAGCAACGUGGUGGAUAUUGUACAGAACCUCGUUGUGGAGCUGAAGAAGGGUUACAUGAUUGUCAAGUGCCGUGGACAACAAGAGAUUAAUGACCAACUGUCAUUGAGUGAAGCAAUAGAGAAAGAGAGGAGGUUUUUUGAAGACCAUGAGGACUACAGACCUCUGUUGGAUGAUAAGAAGGCCACCAUCCCAUGCUUGGCUGAAAGACUCACGACAGAGCUUGUGGCACACAUCAUACAAUCAUUGCCCGAAUUAUCAAAGGACAUUGAAGAGAAACUGUCUGCAACAACCAAAGAGUUGGAACAAUAUGGAGAGGGAGUUCCAGACACUGUCCAUGAGAAAACAACUUUCUUGAUUCAGAAACUCAACGAUUUUGGUCAAAACCUCAGGAGUUUAUCUUCAGGUGAGGAACCUGAUGAUUGCAUCAGUGAGGAGAGGUGCUACACAAAAGUGCGGAAUGAGUUUGAAACCUGGAAACAUCAGCUCGACAAAGUAAAACAUCAAUUCUACGAGGUGAUGUGUGAUAAGGUGAUGGAAUAUGAGAAGGCCUACCGUGGACGGGAGUUGCCUGGGUUCAUCAACUACAAAACUUUUGAGUCAAUAGUGAAGCAGCAGAUUGUUAAACUGCAACAACCUGCCAUUCAGACAUUAAAGAAAGUUACCGAAAUUGUGCGCGAGGCUUUUACAGAUGUCGCUUUCUACAAUUUCAAGGGACUCCCUAAUCUAAUGAGAGCUGCCAAGAUAAGGAUUGAAGACCUAAAGAAGCAACAAGAGAGCCUGGCUGAAACACAGCUGCAAAUUCAAUUCAAAAUUGAAAAUGUGGUGUAUUCCCAAGACAGUAUCUAUGGUCAGAAGCUCACGAAAGCGAAGUCUAAAUCUGAAGAAGGUUCACACAGGGAUGACAAACGUUCAAGUACAAAGAACUGUGAUCUUAUCAAUCCAUCUCUGUCUAACAAUGGUGCAACAAUCCAUGAAAUGACAACUCAUCUGAAAAUAUACUACACGAUUGCGACUGAACGAUUGGCUAACCAGGUCCCUCUGAUAAUAAGUUAUUACAUCCUCCAAGAAUUUGCCGCCAAGCUGCAGAUUGAGAUGCUUCAGCUGAUACAGAAGGAUCAAAUUGAUGAAUAUCUGCAUGAAGAGACAGAUGUUGCUGACAAAAGGAAAACCCUCAGAAGUAGACAGCAGCGGCUGGCUCAAGCUCAUGAUCACCUCUCCAAGUUUUAUUGAGUUUUAUCGAAAAUUGAGAAGCAUUCCAAAUUGCAA